AUGAGUAUCAAUAAAACUCGUUCAAGUACAAUUUAUUUAAAUGAAUUAAUAACAAAUAUUCCUGUACGACGAAAAAUAGUUGAUCAUAAUGAUCGAGAUAAAUUUGAAUGGAAUCAAUGGCAAAGUGCAACAAAAGCAAUUAAUAAUAUUGAAGUAUCACCAAAAGAAAAACAUAUUCGAAAUCUUAUUCUUGGUACAUUUCGCUUAGAAGGUUCUCGUUUAUUUUGGUCAAUGAUGAUUAGAAUUAAUAUUGAAUCACAUCCAAUUAUAUGUUGGAAAUUUUGUUAUGUUAUUCAUCGACUUUUAAGAGAUGGACAUAAAAAUAGUUGUAUACAACAAAAUUAUGGUUUAUUAUCAUAUCAUUAUUGUAAUUUAAUAAUAUCAAAAUUAAAAUUUCAUGAACGAAAUCUAAUGUUUACAGGAAAUUUAACAAUAAAUGAACAUAAUGAUAUACGAUGUUUAUUUAAUAAUAAUUUUAAUUCAUAUUUUCAAUUAUGUAUUGAAUUAUUUAAUUAUAUGGAAGAAAUAUUAAAUCUUGCACAAAUUAUUUUUAAAUCACUUGAUCAAUCACGUUUAAAUUCAAUGACAAUAACUGGUCAAUGUCGUCUUAAUCCACUUAUUAUUUGUAUACAAGAUUCAAGUCUUCUUUAUGAUUAUAUUGUUAAAGUUCUUUUUAAAUUACAUGAAAAUUUAUCUGUUGGUGAUACAUUACAAAAUCAUCGACAAAAAUUAUUUGAUCAAUUUCAAAGAUUAAAAUCUUUCUAUGCUCAAUCAUCAACAUUACCAUAUUUUAGAAAUCUUAUUAAAAUUCCUAUUUUACCUGAAAAUCCACCAAAUUUUAAUGUAAAAGAAAGUUUAGCAAAUUAUCAAACUCCUAUGGCUAUUGUAAAUACGUCAGCAUCUGAUUCAUCACAAAUGAUACAAGAUCUUCUUAUUGAUAUAUCAGAUGAUACAAAAUCAACAUCAAUAGCCACACUCAGUGAUAAUUUAUUAGAAAACGAAACUAUAUAUAAUCGUUCACAAAAUAUAGUCGAUUUUGAUCAGGAAUUAUUACAAGUAAACACAGUACAACAAAAUCGUUCUGAAAUUGAUGAUUUACAUCGAAUGAUUGCUAUGAAAGAUGCAGAAUUAAUUGCAGAAAGAAAUCAUCGCUUACAAAUUGAAGAACAACUUCGUUAUCAAUUGAAUAAUCAACAAUCUAUAGAAGAAAUCUAUGCUCUUGACAAUAAAACAAAUUCAAAUGAAAAAUUUAAUAAAUUAUUUGAUACUUAUAAUCAAUUACAUGAAGAACAUAUUGUUGUUUUACAUAGAAAAAAAGAAAAUGAAUAUAAUCAAAAUUAUCAAAAAUUUAAUAAUGAUAUUAUGCAAUUACGUCAAACAAAUGAUGAAUUACAAGAUAGAAUUCAAAUACUUACAAAUGAACGUAAUGAUUAUCAAUCUAUAACAAUAACAACUAAUGAACGUAUUAAAGAAAUUGAACUUUCUAAACAAAGUUUUGAAGAACGAUUAAAAGAACUAGAAAAUGAUAAAUCAUGUCUUCAUAAUGAUAAAUUUAAUUUUGAACAAAAAUUAAAAGAAACUGAAGGAGAACGUCGUGAUUUAUUUGAUCAAAAUCGAGAACAAGAAGAAAAUCUUAUUGAUUUAAUACAUGAAAAAGAAGUUCUUGAACAAAAAGUUAUUGAUUUAGAAGAAACAAUACGUGAAUGGGCACGAAAAUUUAUUGAUAUAGCCGAUAAACAAAAAUUAAUACAAGUUAAUCAUGAAAAUUUCUUAAAAAAUUUAAAACGACAAUAUAAAUAUUCUAUUUUAACAUAUUGUAUUAAUCAAAUGCAUGAUGGCAUCGAUCGAACAAAAGAUAUCGAAUUAUUUAAUUCUGAUACACUUUCAUUCUUAAAUGAAUGUAUUACAUUAGCAAAUUGUAUGGCUGAUAUAGUUGUACAUGGAAAAGCAGUAGCGAAUCUUGUUCAAGAUGUUAUUGUAGCUAAUGAUUAUCGUGAUAUUACACUCUAUUGUAUUGAUCUUUACACUAAUUAUCAAACAUCAUCAACAUCAGAUGAUAUUGAUAAACAAUCGAAUCAAUUAAUUUAUCGUUUAAAUUUAUUAAUCGAAAAAACAAAAAGAUUUUCUGCAUAA